UCUAGAUAUCAAAUUGGUGGCGGACGUCUCAAGUUCGAAUUCCGUUCAUUAAAAAAAUAAGGAAAAAACCAUUUAAAUUAUCUUCCAUUCUAUACCCACAACCACAAUCACAGAGUCCCAUUUCUGAUCACAACACACACAUCAUGACAUCCCCUUCCUAUUACAGCACCUUGCUCUCAUGGCAGUCUCAAGCCAAUAACACAAAUAUUAACCAAACAUGGCUGCUCUUUGCUGUCUCCGCCGUCGCCGUCGUCUUUUGGUAUGCAUGGCUCUACAAAAAGUCCAAGAACACGACCCUGCCGCUGCCGCCGGGCCCGAUGGGCCUGCCUCUGGUUGGGAACCUACUAUCUCUCGACCCGGAACUCCACACCUACUUCGCGGGCCUGGCCCAAGCUCACGGCCCAAUCUUCAAGCUCCGCCUCGGCAACACCCUCGGAGUCGUCGUCACCUCCGCUUCCUCAGCCCGCGAGAUCCUCAAAGACCAUGACGUCACAUUCGCCAACCGCGACGUCCCCGCCGCCGGACGGGCCGCCGCGUACGGCGGAAACGAUAUCGUGUGGACCCCGUACGGCCCCGAGUGGCGGAUGCUGAGAAAAGUCUGCGUGCUCAAGAUGCUCAGCAACACGACUCUGGACUCGGUGUACGAACUCCGGCGAAAGCAGCUCCGGGAAACUGUCGGGUACUUUUACAGUCGGGUGGGGUCGCCGGUCAAUGUCGGCGAGCAGAUGUUCUUGAACGUGCUCAAUGUUAUCACAAACAUGCUGUGGGGUGGGACGGUGGAGGGCGACGAGAGGGCGGGGCUCGGGGCGGAGUUCCGGGAGGUGGUGUCGGAGAUGACGGAGCUUCUGGGGAAGCCCAAUGUUUCGGACUUUUAUCCGGGUUUGGCCCGGUUCGAUUUGCAGGGCGUGGAGAAGCAGAUGAGCAGAUUGGCCCGGAGGUUUGAUGGGAUUUUUGAGAAGAUAAUAGAUCAACGGAUGAGGAUUGACAAGGAAGGCCCGACGGAGAGUAAGGAUUUUUUGACGUUUUUGUUGAAGUUGAAAGACGAGGGAGGAGAUUCCAAGACCCCUUUCACCAUCACCCAUCUCAAAGCUUUGCUCAUGGAUAUGGUGGUGGGUGGCAGUGACACUUCCUCCAACACAGUUGAGUUUGCAUUGUCUGAGAUUAUGAACAAACCAGAGGUGAUGAAGAAAGCCCAGCAAGAACUAGAAGCUGUAGUUGGCAAGCACAACAUUGUAGAAGAGUCUCACAUUCACAAAUUACCCUACUUACAAGCUGUGAUGAAAGAAACUCUGCGCUUGCACCCAGCCCUGCCACUACUAGUCCCUCAUUGCCCAAGUGAAACCUGCACUGUGGGAGGCUACACCAUCCCGAAAGGAUCCCGGAUUUUCUUCAACGUGUGGGCAAUACACAGGGACCCUUCCAUUUGGGAAAAUCCAUUGGAGUUUGAUCCAGAAAGGUUCUUGAACAGCAAAUGGGACUAUAGUGGAAAUGACUUCAACUAUUUCCCAUUUGGAUCUGGCAGAAGAAUAUGUGCAGGGAUUGCAAUGGCUGAGAGGAUGGUGAUGCAUUCACUUUCUACACUUGUGCACUCUUUUGACUGGAAAGUGCCACAAGGACAGAAGCUGGAUCUUUCAGAGAAGUUUGGAAUUGUGCUGAAAAAGAAGAUGCCUUUGGUCGCUAUCCCAACUCCUAGGUUAUCUGAUCCAGCACUCUAUCAGUAGCCAACUUCUUUUUCCCCACAAAGAUUUCUUGGGAUAAUUGUUGUUUGUAUGUGUCUUUCAGAACCUGGUAAAAUCAGGAUGAAUUUAUGUUGCAUUACUUGGGAGUUGAGGCCCCAUUACAAAGAUUGUGAAAAAUAAUGCCAAUAAACAAAUAAUUAUAUAUAUGGAGCAAUGGUCCAAGUGCAGUUGUGCCAAAAUUGACACAAUUAGAAUGAUUAUA